AUGGAGAACCAAUUGCCCAUUCGCUGCAGCGAAAAUGAGGCGGUGGGUCUAUACCUAUGGACGAGGAGGAAGGAGAUGGCGGAGCAUCCCACCGCAAUAUCGGAGAAACUCGAUACAACGCUUGCAGUUGCCUACCGUAACAUCUGUGAGGCCAAGACCCCGAUCAAGACUCUCAAGGACCUCUCCCGGAUCAAGUAAUGGUGUUGGGACAUGGAAUCGUUCCUCACUUUCGUCCUUUUUUUAAAAAUAUUUUUCCCUAUGUUCGCGUCUGGAAAUAGGUAUACCUUCCGUGCACUUUUUGUUAUCAGGGGUGUUGGAAAAUGGAUCCUUCGUCUCAUGAAAGGGGCUUUCCAAGAUGAUCAAGAGGUGCCGCAGUUUCAAAAGGCUGCCGAAAAUGGUAAAUUGUUUUAUUUUGCUUUUGGUUUCGAAGCGUGUUACUUCCCAGCUCCUUUUUUUUAAAAAAAUUUAAGCCACAGGAUCUAAGAGUCAAAAUGGAAUUCUGUCAUGUAAUCAACACGUCCGGUUUAAAUUAUUUCCUCUAUGCAAUUUUUUGGUAGGAAAGAAACAUGGAGCGCCCAAGCGAUAUUUACCCCAAAAGAAUUCUGUCGCAUAUGCUUUAUUGAUAACCCUCUACAGGUAAAUUGACGCUUUAGUGUUAUAAUUCCUAUCCUGUUUGUGUAUGCAUAUUAUUUUCAGUUUAAAUUGGUAUUCCUUUUCAGGGGCAUCACUAAGGGUAAUGAAUUCAUGAGGAAACAAGAGCUCAUUGAUGAGGCGGAAGCAAGUGGUCUUUCACGAACUUCAAUAGGGUGAACAAUCGAGUUUUUUAUAAUUAUAGUUACUAUCAUGGCCUUUUUGCACGGAUAAUUCUUUUGGGGAUGGAGCCCUGGCUUAAAUAGCAGUUCAACUCUGACCAGGCGAGAUAAUGGAAAAGGGAAACACAGGCAGUAUGGAAGUUCUGCAAAGGAAUGGUACACAGGCUGGAGCUGCAUGAAGACACUGGUAAACCGAGGUUUAGUUGUGAAGUCUAGCUGCCCAGCUAAGUAUUUCCUCAUCUCCUUGCCAUUUUAGACAUGCAUGACAUUGUAUAUGAAUGAGCCAUCACACCAUUAAUUCUGGUCGUUGUUACUUGUGGGAAUUUGUUGCUAUUUACUUGUUUAUCAAACAUUAAAAGAAAGCGAAAUGCCAAGGCCGUGAUCCUUUUAUUGUAAGGAAAUGACAGCAUGGGGAAUUAUUGUGAAGGAUGAGAGAAUGCGUCUGAGUGUCAAGGGAGCCAUACUAUAUUCUGAUGCGGAAAAUAGGAAACUAAAUAGUUGUUACCUGACUUAGAUAGGUGCGAAUAAUAUGUUCCAUAAAUACGUGAAAGGAUUUCAGACAAGCCAACUCGGAGUAUUUGACUCACUAAUGUUCUCUGAAAGGCCGCAACUUGCCAACAAAUGGCUCUACAACACUCACUCAAUGUCAUGUUUCUAGCUGUAAUCAUCUUUAUGGACCUCUGGCCUUUUUUGUAUUCAAGGCAAUGGGCGCAACCACAUUUCUUCAUUCAAUUUGUUUGAGAUAAUAACAUUCCUCAUUUCUUUUAAAUAUUAGUCAUCGUAAAUAAUGACUAGUCUUAAUCAUCUCUAAUCAUCAUAGUGUUACUUCACCCAUUAUUAUCAAUAGCACAUGAUGCGACCAUAAUAUGAAAUUAAAGCAUGAAACGUGAAACGUGAUGUAUACAAUCAUAAAUCAUCUUAUGUUUUCAUGCUAAACGCCGUGCAUCAUAUUUUCAAAACACAAUGGUGCUUAGGGAGACAAUAAUGUUAAUAUUACAUUUAGACGUAUUUAAUUAUGGCAAAGGGGGACCAGGAAAAGCCUCGCUGUUCUUACUAAAUUGAAACUUCACUGGAUGACUAGUUUACACAGUAGUUUGGGGUUAAUGGUGUUGGUGAGGAAACAUUCCUUGAGGAUAUUGCGGAAAUCUAAUAGUGAGAAAAGCGUAUCCCACAAUUUUUGUAAUUUACUGUGCGGAAGUAACAUCUAAGUGCUGUUUCAUACAAUUUUAGAUCUGUGCAUCUGCAUUCGAAUGUGAAACCUUUUAUUGUCUAAUUGUUACCAAUAUUUGAAAUUUAUGACUCGAUUGGAAGCAAAUGUUUUUCGUCCCACAUGCAUACAUAAGUAGUCAUCCAAUGCUCCUCCACAACUCAUAUACAGUGUUGUCAUCCAUUUCCAUCUUGCUGAUGAAACCACAGUGGAUUGUCACCUACAUUUGACUAGCUUAAUUGGAGCAUUUCUUGUCUUUAUCAUUGUCAAAUUAUUCAGCAUAGAUCAAAACCAAGUCAAAGAAAGAUCAAGAUUAUAUAGGGCUAUCAUUCAUUGAUCAAAGAACACCUGUAAGGACUAAGGAUUACAUUACACAUUGUAAUUUUAGUCUGUUUUCCUGCUUCCCAUGUGCUUUUUCUGUUCCAUUUUUACUCUUUCUUACCCCUUGAAAUGGACUACUGAGCGCUUUUUGUCUUGCAGAUAUAUGUUAACUGAAGAAGGGAAAGAGGCUGCUUGUGAAUGUCUCUUGAGGUCUGGCCUAAUUUCUCCGGAUGAUGUUUUGGGACCUGUGAAUGUGACAGAAUGUUCUGGUCACGCAUGUGGAACAUCAGAAUUGGGGCUUUCUUCAUCUGUUUCUUUCAAUAAUGUUACGACAUUUCCAUCUAAUGAUACAUGUUGCGACAGAGAACUAUCUAAUAUUCAGAAGGACAUCAGCACCACGGUAUUCAUUUUUUUAUGCUUUCUGUGUAUUUUUUUUCCUCUUUCAUGAAUGGAGACAACAUUCUUAGUAAGGUAACUUUUAUCUGUUUGACCGUGUAUGUAUGCACACACCCAUUUUUGGGGCAUACACAAGGAACCCCCUGAAAUAUAGCCUUAUUUUUUCUUCUCUGAUUGUAAUGGUUUCUUAUUUAAGCAUCAGUAUAUUUCUUGUGUUAAUCUGCUUUCUAUCCAUUGUGCAUCAUUAUUUCUUGUUAUUUCUUCCUCUGCGUGCAACUAAUAUUAAUGGAUUUAUGCCUUGUUGAUGAUUACAUAUCUUGAGAAAGAUUCUUAUUUAAUUUUUUUAAUUCAGGAUGAUAGUAUGGCGGAUUAUUUCCGUUUUAAAAAGAACACUUUUUGAUUUUAAGAAUCAGAGCUCCUUGAACUUGUCUGUGGCUCAGUUAUCAUUGCUGUGGAAUCAACUCCAUAACGAAUAGCAGGUUUCGACUUGCUUUUAGCUAUUUAUAUUAUUCGUCUAAAAAAUAAGUGAAACAGCCUUUUUGUUGUGUGAAAGCCAUAUUCAUUGCCACUAUUGAAAUCUCUCAGUCAUAUGAGUUGGUGAGGAAAAAAUGUGCUUGCCUGUGUGAUAUGGCACUCAAUCUACAACUGCCUCAAAUCAGAAAUCUCUAGCCAAACUCUAAUGUAACUCUAGCAUCUUGAUUAUUGAAACAACUGUUUCACCGUCUUCUGAGUUGUUUACUAGACGCUUGUGUUAAUUCGACUUAUUUUAUAUAUACAGUGAUUGGAAAUAUUUUGUGAACACUAACGGAGCUACUAAGGGCAUUUUAUCCUGCACAUCCUCACAACUUACUCUUAGCUAUUGAAAGUAUAAUGACCGGUAUAAAUUAUUAUGGCUCAAUAAGGGUGUUUGCAUACCUUAAAUACAAAUAUAGCAUUCUCCCAGCAGUAAUAUAAUAAGCUUCUCCUCCUUUUAAUGUGCUGCUUGUGACCAUUUUAUUUCUUGUCAUUCCAUUAGCAAGACCUUGCCAAAUUCUUGCUACAUCUUUAUACAUAUAUAUUUACACAUAUUCUCUGUUACUGAACAACUCUACUGGAGUAACCUUGCGUCGUGUGGUUAUAUUUUAUUUUUCUUUGACUAAAAGGCAUCAUUCUGUCUGUCAAGAAGCCAAGAAAUGAAAAAUUAAUGGACCGAACUCUUCUGACGUAUACAAUUAAGAACGCCAUUGAUUUUGCAUCUACUUAAUAGAUACACAGUUUAAUGACGACAGAGUACUGAUUUAUUGUCUCCUUGGAAUGAUCCGUGACGCAAUGUGUUGUCAGUUUCUUUUGAAAAGUUCUUCAUAGAUCUAUUGAUUGUUUUAGGUCAAUGGGCACUCAAUGAUAGGAGAUUAUCAGGAAAUUAUUAUUCCUUAGAAACAUCCCAUGGGUUCUCAUGUGGCCAUAGGCAAGGUGCUUAUUUAGUUCAUCCACUCUAUAAGUAGCCUAUUGACUUCCUAUUGGAAGAAUAUUUGUUCUCUAAGAAUUCCCUAAAUUUCUAAGAUAAAAAUUUCAUCCACAAUGCUUUUGCAGACUCAGGAAAAUGAUCAUUUUGAUACUUCUGAUUCUUGUUCCACUGAAAAUGAAGAGCAGUCUGUGUCAAUGACUUCAGGUACCGGUUACUUAUCUAUAAAUGCCUAAUAAAUGUAUUUCACAAAAUCUUCAUUAAUGAUCUUUCAUAUCAAAUUUUCUCAUAAAAUGAUUCUUUAAAGAUAUGCCAUAUUGCUUUGUAGCAAAGUAAGCUGCAUUCUGACUGUUCAUUACCUUGUGUAGACUUCGCAUAUCCAGAUGCAUUACAGAGGCCUUUCACCCUGCAGGCUUGCUCCAAGUUUGUAUGUAACUUUGUGAUGUAAAACUAAAUGAGCUGUUUAUGUUGGAUAAUUUUAGAAGCAUUAAACCUUCAGUUAAAAGAGAUGUGUGUACUUAGUCUUUACCAUUGUGUUCUCAGGAUCAUCCUCUCUCUGCAUCAGGCAAGUCUACGGGGAUAGAUUAUAGAGCAAAUGGCUUGGCAAUGCCCCCUUGUACAGGAGGGGAAAUGUUUGAGGAAGUAUAUGAUGUGAUUUUGUUAUUGGAUGACCGGGAGAAUUUUGGGUUAGUACAACAAAAGCUGUAGUUUUGCCUCUUUUUUCAUUUGUGUUUGUGUUUCAGUUGCUUAUGCUUAUAUAUAAGAUUUAACUUGAGUGCUAUUUUUUAAGGUGCCUUGCAUAUGCUUUCUAAUAGUCUUUCUUUACCUGUGAAAAAUUCCUAUGUUCUAAAGUGAUAGUCCUGAGAUUUUUUGGAUUGAGUUUUCCUGUUUGACUCACUGUACUUGCUGUCCCCCGUUAACCAUUGUUAACUUGGGUCGGUAACACUCGCAAUGGGAAAAAAAAAAGAAGAAAAACGCUAGAAUGAGAAUACCUGUUCCCCUGACCAGCAUCUUUGCCCAUUCAAUAAUGCAUAUUGUGACUGCAUGAACCAUAAAAAAUAUUUCUAGAUGGUACUUUGUGGAGGACAGGUAUUCUUCAUCAUUGCCAUGUCACCAAGGACACCCUUGAUCUGAUUUGGAACUCUUGGGAAUUCACUCACUUGCGUGCGUUCUUUGUAGAACACUCUGGGAGAUCCCUUUUAAUACCCCUUCACUUUAGUCAAUGCACCCAUGCGAUAGUGUGACAAUAAAGCCUCUUUCCAACAAUACUUCUUGGGAGUUGGUCUGGUACCCAUAACUAAGAACCUCAGAGAUUGAUAUCUGUGAUUAGGCUACGAGUUUGUGAAGAUUUUGUUUGGAGAUCUCAAAUCACUUUGCGAAUCCCAUUACUAGCUUCACUACCUUCAUACAUCCAUGGUGAAUGCUCAAUACUCUGUUCCCUCUUCAGUAGAGUAUUGAGUUCGGUAGAUUGGGUAAGAUUCAUCUGUACCCGUCUCAGUGACGAGAAAACGGUUUGUCUGAGUUCGAUUCUAUCAACCCAUACAUAAUCUAGUAUUUUUCUUGUUUGAAAGUUAACCUUAUAAAAGAUAAUUUAUUUCUGUGUGGGUUAUUCUUCCUUAUCCAUGGUAAUAUUAUGAGUAAAUUCCUAUAGCACUUUACAUUUUGAACUUUAGGAUAUGAGUAAAUAAGUUGCCAUAUGUGUUGUCCUUAUGUGGCAAUCCACCCUAGUUUAAAUAAGUCUGUAGUCCAGGCCAAAUGUAGGCUAUCACGUGGAUGAUGACUGGUAUUGAUGUCGAAUCUAUUUAAAGAAAACAGCCAUAAUAUUCUGCACUUGGGGUUUUCUAGGUAACUACAUUUAACUUCUCAACCUUAGAUUUCACAGUUAUCAAAUCUUUGGCGGAAUAUAUUGAUUGAUGUGUUUUCUUAUCUUCUAUAGGUCACGAUUUGGUAAAGUUGUGGAUGGUAUACGCUUACAAUUCAAAAUUCAAGUAGAGGUAAGUGUUCAGGAAUUUUUUAAUGCAAAUGUUUUCCCUAAGACGAGUCUAUUCGAGUCCUUUUUUAUCAUUCUCUUUGCCAUUUAACAAUAAGAUGACUUCUUAGGAGUUUUAUCUAUAUGAGGAUUUAGAUUAAUCUUUUAAGAUAACACAUAUCCAUCAUUUGUUGCCUAAUCUUAGAAAAUGGUCUAAAUCUGCCUGAACUACUUUAGGAAAAAUCUUUGUACUUGCAUUGAGGCGUUAAGCAGGAUCUACUAUUCAUCUAACCAUUGUUUGUUUAUUUUUCAACUUUAUGAAAAAUUAUGUUGCAUUGCCAAAUUGAAAAUGUUGACUACCUUUUCUUGUUUUCCUUCAUUGUCACUUCGUUUCCGAAUUAAUGACCCCAAAGCAUCCAAAAGAGGAAACUGCCAAAUAAGACUCCUCAAAAAAUGAAAUUAUGACACCAAACAGAACAUAUUGAACAGUUCUUUCGUUUGUUCCAUAUUUAAGUGGGACAAGAUUGACAAGAUGAGAGUGGAUGAAGAGAAAUGGGAUAGCUGACUUGACUGUAAUUCUCUGCUCCCAAUGUGUGAUCUCAGAACCUCUUUAUAGACUGUAUACAUAAAAGGGAAAGUAAAAUCGUACAAAACGAGGCAACAACGUUACCUAGGUAUACCCUAAAUAAUAAGAUAACUAUGACUAAACAAUUCCUAUUAAAAUAUAAAAUUAAAGCUUUAUCAAUAUUUCAUGCGUCAGGAAUGUAAUGACUGUUGACUUCAAUGUGUUUUGUGUGCUAAUGAUGCGCAAUGUUUUUAGCAAUUCAAAAAGCAUUUCAUUAUUUCAGAAUGUACGAAAGUUGGGGCUGUGGGAGGAAGGUCUGAUACAUUAACAUUUAUAGUCAAAAAUAGAGAGGACGCAUAGGGGAAGAGCAAUCCAUGAUAAGAAGAGGCUUUAAAGUGGUAACUAAUCCCAUGAAUGGUAGCACAAUAUAAAUGACGAAGAUUAUUAAUGAGCAGGCUCUCUACAUUGAUAUCAUGAGAGACAUCACGGUUGGGUAAAAUUGAUAUAAAUGAUGCCUCCAACAUGUUGGAUCAUCUGGAGGAGCGCUAUGCUCAAUUCUUAGUCUAGGAGUAGCAUCUAUGUCUCAGCCUUAAGACUCUUCCCCAAACAAGUAACAUAAAUCAAACUUUUGAGUAUUUUUACUCAUUAGAUAGAUUCUGCAAAUAAUCUAUGCUUCAAAAACCAAAAAAUAACUAAAAAAAUAGAUUCAUAUAUUUGGAUUGACUGUUGAGGAAUGCUCUUUACUUGCUCUAAAACAAUGGAAUCAUUCAUGGUUAUUAUAAUAUUAUGAACAUAUACAAUAAGAAGGGCGAUAUCAUGAUAGGAGUGUUCACCAAAGUUAGAUGAAUCAUGUUAACUCUAUCCAAGUUCAGCAUGUAAAAUUUCGGUCCUCAGUUAAAUGAACGGGCUUCAGAUGCAUGUCACAUUCUAGAAAUAGCUUCAUAAAACAUGUAUACAUUUAAAUGAAAGGGCUUCUGCAACCUUUUUUAUAGAUCUUUUCCUAAGAUUUUUUUUAAACUUAAAUAACAUUGGAGACAAAUCUAACCCUCAGCUUAGGGUAUCACUAAAAAGGUUUGUGUAUUGUUGCUCUCUUUUCUUACUCAUUCUUCUUCUCGAAGAUUUUCUUCAUAAAUUCUGUACCAGGACGAAUGGUUUCCUUUACUACUACUUUGUGUCAUGAGCAUUUGCUGUUUUUUGCAACUAUUUGAUAUUUAUUUAUUUAUAUUAUCAUAUUCUUAUUUUUAUUUAUUAUUAUGUAUUUGAUCUGAUAACUUUAUGACCAUUUUAGAUAUUGAUUUUUGUUUUCAUAUCAUGAAAUUUAAAAAUGAUGAUAAAAUUUGAGUGUUUAUGCUGUUUUUAUUACUUGUAAAUAUUUGAAAAGUUGAAGUCUGCUUGGUCAUGAGAUGAAACCCAGUUGCUUUUUUGUUUUGAGUGUGGAUAUGUAUUUUCUGAUGGGUCGAUUCCCUACUUGGAUGUGUGAUGAAACUCAAUUGGUGGUUUGACAAGUUAGAAACUUGGCUUUGAGAUGAUAACAUGUUGGUCAGCACCUGGUUAAAUAUAGAGUGAAGUCUAUUUCGGCUGUUCAAGCAGAAAUCAUUGAUGGACAUUGAGUGAAACUCAUAGUGGUUUAGUGAGAUAGAGUCCGCUUGGUUAUAAGAGAACAUCUAUCUUUGAUAGGAUUGAUUCAUGUUUUGCGAGGGAUUAAUUAUAGCCCAUUUAGAAUAGCAAGCUAUCAUUUAGUCAUCCCAUUAAAAGAAUAGCAACCUAUCAUUGAAACAGCUCACAGAGGAUGUACUUAUUUAGUUUUGACCAAUCUGACCCUAAAACACACCAAUAGGUGGAUCAGCCCGCUUGCCGGUAAUGAACCUUAGCUGCUUAAAAUAAUCCACUAAGUGGUAGAUUCACCCAUUAAGGUUAUUCUUUACUGUUUAGUCAUAGUUCCUGCUUAUUCCUUUCUUGUAGUCAUUAAACAUAUUGAUACGACAGUUCGUUGGUUUAAAGAAGCCCCCUUCAAGAAGCACAAGCCCAUCGAAACUAAGUGAGUCGUUUCAAUAAUAGGUUGCCAAUGUAAAUGGAUAGAUUCACACACUAAUGUCAUUCUUGACUGUUUUUGCCUUUUUUAGAUCCAAUUCUCGUUAUAUUUCUUCUUCAUUCUCCUCUUCAGGUCAUUCCCCUUACGAUUGUAGUGACAAGGGUGGGUUUUAUUACCUUCCAAUGGCCAGAGUUGUCCCUUUGUCAUUUCUUGUUGUACUAAUGUUUUUGGCCAACUUCCGACCGUUUUAUAUUUUGUCCAACUUCUAGUAUUGCCAGGUGGUGCCAUUUCAACCCUAUCCUCGCUGUAUGGUGGUUUUUCUGUCCUUUGACAACAUUUACUUAGCCCUCUUCACAAAGACGAAAGACUCCUCCAAGGGUGAGAGGCAUAAGAAAGUUUGAAAUGACACCUUUCUCUUUGGUCUCCGGUACUUCACUAUUUUUGAAUUCUUUCUACAGAAAAAUAUCACCCAGGUGCUUGUGAUAUUUGCUACUUACUUUGCAUUAUGUUUAAGCACAUGAAAACUGAGUAAAAUUUAAGUGCCAAUAAAAGAAAAUAGGAUAUUCCUCCCUUUCAAACCUGUCAUAGCAUUAUGGUAAAAGGAGUCAAUUGGGCCUCCCUUUUUUUCAGCGAUGUGGGCUUUCUUACACUUUCUUUCAGGUUCGGCGUUUGCCUAUUGGUGAUGGAAUCUGGAUAGCCAGGCAUAAACAAUUUGGCAGUGAGUAUGUGCUCGAUUUUAUUGUCGAAAGGAAGAGAAUUGAUGAUUUGUGCAGUUCAAUCAGUGACAACCGUUACAAAGAUCAGAAGCUGAGGUUAUUGGUAGUUGUUCUUCCUUGUAGAAUGGAUGAUUUAAUUUUGGCCACUGAUAUGGUUACGCUUAUCUUGAUAUUUGUCCAGUUUUGGAGAUGAGCUCUAUUACACUGUGUAUCAAAGUUCAAUGUUCAGUGCCUGAGUUGCUGUUUUAUGGGCGUGCAUCACUUGCUUGUUAGUUUUUCCCUUGUAAAACUUUUACUGUAUGUGUGCACUUUUGCAAAAUAUUUUCUUGUUACGCUAUAGUAGGAAAUAUUGCGGCUUUCUGGUCUUCUUGGUCCAUGGAGUUCAAGAGCAUUCCAGAAUAUCGUACCUUUACAACUGCAGUGACUUCCACUCGUCCAAGGAAGUUGUUGAUAAUUUAUUUAUGCUAGUAUAAGCAUUGUUUGAACUUUUCAGGCACAAAAAUAGUUGGAAGACUAUAUUAAUGAAUAUGAUAGACUGAAAUACCUGUGUCCAGAUAUAAAAUCGUCCUCGCUACUGGACGCAUAUUGAUGUGGUCGUUUUUUAGGGCGGGAGUCUGACAAAUGAAUAGAUGUAAUGCAGCAAAAAACAAAGACCAGAUUUACUGGAGUAAUUGUCCCACAGUAGUGCGUAAGGUACCAAAAAAGGCAGCCUUUAGGACCAGGGGAUGACAGAUCGUGAUGUCUGUCUGUACAUGACUGAGUAGUAUUAUUUGCAUGUGUACAUCAAAUUGACAAGAAAAAGGGGGUACAAAUACUGCAGCAUGCUGGAAGUGGCAUGAGUUUUCAAAUCGCCAUAUGUCUACUGCUUGUCUCUGGCACAUAUGACCCUUGUUUUUGAUAAGCCAGAAAAUUCUAGUCUUCUGUCAAAGUAUGAAAUAUGAACUAUCAUUUUAUUUUCAAAACAGAUCUUCUAAGUGCGUCUGUUCACCUCAUGCAGCUUUGUAUGGACACUUGGUUAACAUCUUCUUUCAAGUUACAUUUGAUGCGUCAUUUUUCGCUUUUUAGUAGGCAAACUAGUGCCAGAUGUUGCACAAUGUUGUAGCGAAAAGUUUUAUAUAAAUAUUUCACAUGCAAACGGUCUCUGGAGCACUUGUGCUGUCCCCUCAAAUGGCACAUAUGUAUGGGCAGUGCUAAAAAAAUCGAAAAGUAUAAUUUUAUACAUUUCGUAGUAUCCUUCAUUCGUGUGGCAAUGAAUUACGACAGUGACAUCUUGUCUUGCUUUCGGGGAUGUUUUUUGUAUUUUUUUCUAUUGAAGACAUUUUUAUGGUACCAUUGCCUUGAUAGUAAUCAGUUGUGACGUAAAUGGAUUUGAAGCAUCUAUCAGUGGCAAGUGCAUGCUUUCCCUCAAUAUCUUUAGGAAUUUAAACUAAAGGGGUGCUUAUCUGUUAGGUGAAUUUUGAUUGUCUUGUUAACGUUUUUAAUGCAGUUAACAUUUGAAAAAUAGCCUGUGAUAUUAUACACAUGAAUGUGCUUUAACUAAUUGUAAAAGUAAAUUUAUAUCUCAAAUUUAUGUUUUCGUUGCCAAAUAGUUUCUUUUUUACUUUUUUUUUGUAGAAAUGUGGGCUCCAGAAACUGAUAUACCUGAUUGAAGGUGAUCCAAACUCAUCUGAAGCUGCUGAUAGGAUUAAAACUGCGUAAGAUUUCUAUUUUUAAAUACUUAUAAUCUAAUUUCUAUCGUUACACAAAUGUUGUUGUUAGCUGUCCGUCGUCGUCAUCUCAUAAUGCAUUUCCUUAUGACUUCGGUUUUAUCUAAGAUUAUUUAACAUUUCAGUUGUCCGUUUUUAGCUCUAGAUUGCUGUUACCUCAUAAUUUUUAUGUUCUUGAGGAUGCCCACGACUCUUCUCAAAAUAGAAGGGAAAUACUGUGGUUACAAUUCGUAGGUUCCUUACCCAUUUACAUACAGAAAUUAGAGUGGGUGUUACACCAUAAUUGCUAAUAGGGCCAGCCUAUUGGACCCAUAUUCCACAUGAUUCACUCUGAUAACAGGCCUAUUACAUCCGUAUCAUAAUAGACUCUCAGAUAACAUGAAACACAGAAAAGCAUAUGUUAUUCAAGCCAGUUCACUAAUGUAAGUUUGGUAUAAAAUUUGAAAAUGACGAGGCAGCAGCCUCAGAAUAAAGGCUAUUAGAAUCAAAUUGGUACUGUGCUCGUUCCUUAUAACUUUUUAUAAAAGGGCAUGCUGUACAUCUAUACAUCAUUAUGCGUUCUGCUAUCAAGAAUCCUUUGUUGCCUUUGUGCUUCUGGAGAUGAUCAUGGACUGGUGCAACAAUAGCCAUGUCAGAAACUUAUGUCACAACUUAAUGAAUUUACCAAUGUUUACUUCUUAUAGUGUUACAUGUUUCCUAAAUGACUUUAGUAUGUUACCGUUGUAAUUUUUACACUGUAUAUGUGAGCAUAACAUAUAUUUUGAAGGGUAAAAUUUUCUAAAAUUUCAGAAAGUGCUUGGUCUAAUUUUUUUAAAACAUAGAUUUUGAAGGACAAUUUUUGAUUAUUGUCCUGCAUGCUUUAGACUAAUUCUCACUUUCACUGACAACUGGAUUGCAGUACCUGAUUUCUCCCUAGGCUAGACCUCUGGAGGUUAUGUACGUAGUUAGUCUGUCUUUAAUUAUGGAUUAGCUGUAUAUAUCAGAUAUGGAUUAAACCACACUUCUUUUUGUAUUGAAAUUAUGUGGUAGUAUCACUUUUCGUUUUUGACUAUACACUGAGAGUUGUGAUAAGCACUUAAAUGAACUUAAGACCAACUCACAUGCCUAAGUGUCACCAUUUACUAAUGGUAAUCGUGAACAAUCUGAGAAGGCAUGAGAAUGACGUUGGAUUCAUCACUUACUCUAUCUAUGACCCUCACUUUUGCUUACGUGUAUUUGAUUGAGUCAUCUCUUUUACUAUCUGUUUCACCUUGAAUUUGUCCUUAAUGCAAACUCAGAUUUGUACUUCGUAAAAGUGAUGGGCAUAGAGUUAUCCUGUACUAUCACUGUGAUAUGUGGUCACCACGAAAUCCGAAGUAUUGCUAGAUGAGAAGAAACUGAAUAUCAAGAAUUAUUGUGAAUGUUUAUCAUGCUAUUGGACCUUUAAAAUUUUAUGAGAGCCAAUAGUCAAGUUUCUAUAUUUAUCGUGAUGACAAUCUACACUAUCCUCUGGCUCGCUUUUUGUGAUGUAAAGGUGCUAGCUUUUCUUUCAAUUAAUCAUUUGGUGGUCAUUUUGGAUCAUUUUUCACUUCAACAUUAUUGUUUCAGUUUGACGGCAUUGGCCAUUUUAUGUUGGAAUCGUUUCCGUUGUUCAUCAUUUAUUUUGUUUCUUGACAUUUUAUUGUUUUUCAGAGAAUAUGCACUCACCUAAAUAAUUUCUUAUGCAUGACAACAUUGCCAGCCAUUUACUCUAUAGUUGAUGGAAAUGCCAAUCAUUUCAGAAAGCUUGUGUGGUCUCAGGGAUAAAAUCAGGUGUGGUGCUUGAAUAGUGAAACCAGAGCCUGUGGAGAAAAGUAUUCUCUUAUUCAAAAGGGAUACCAAAAAAUUACAUUUCAAAGAGAGUGGGGUCUGUUAUUUAUAGAAGACCCUGGAAGGUUCUAGACAUUGUCACAUGACUCGGAAUAUACUAGACACAUCUCGUCAGCACCCUCCCUUAAGUUGGCGAAUGAAUGUUAUCUAUUCUCAACUUGGGAAUAAUCUUUUGUAGUUGAGUGCCUGAGAUGCUUUUAGUAAGCAUAUCCAGUAGUUGAUUGUGUGUCGAGAUGUAUGACAUACAAAUCAGAUUUGCCUUCAACUUUUCUAUGAUGAAAUGAUGACCAACUUUCACAUGUUUGCUAUGAUCGUGUUGUACCAAAUUUUGUACAAUAUUAAUUGCUGACUUAUUUUCAUAAUAGUGCUUCAUAGGAUUAGUAAGAGAGAUUUUUAGCUCAUCAAGUAAAUUUUUCAUCCAAAGUAACUCGCAUACAUCUUGGGCAAAUGCCCUGAAUUUAGCUUCAGCACUUGAACAAGCAGCCACCUUCUGUUUUUUACUUCUCUGUGUAACAAUGUUGCGUCCAAUAAAUAUGAGAUGUCCAGAAAUUGAUCUUUGAUCAAUCAUUGACCUUGUGUAGUCAACGUUCGUAAACAUUUCAAUUUCUACCUUCCCACUUCAUUUGAAGAGGACUUCUCUACCAGAUGUGUCAUUCAAGUAAUGUAAUACUUGAUAAGCUGCAUGUAGAUAAGAUUCUUUUGGCUGAUGCAUGAAUUGACUUAAUAUACCUACUGCAUAUGAGAUAUCUGGUUGAGUGUGUGUCAUAGAAAGUAAUUGACCAAUGAAACGUUGAUACGUCUGAUGGUCAACAGAAGUUUCUUCCUCUACUAAGCAUAAUUUAUGAUUAGGAUCAAUAGGUGUAUUAGCUAGUCAACACACAGAUUUCACUGUAUCCUUCAACAAAUCUGUUAGGUACUUACAUUGAGAGAUAAAAAUACCUCUAAAAUAGGGAGCCACUUUGAUCUCCAAAAAAUAUUUGAGCUGUCCCAAUGUUUUGAUGUCAAGUUCCCUGGCCAAACUAUGGCUCAGGUUAUGUAUUUCCAUUCCAUCAUUUCCUGUGAUGAUGAUAUCAUCAACAUAAACCAAAUAUAAUCGUAACUUCCCUUGAAGAAAAGUAGUUAAAAAAUAAGGUAUGGUCACUAUUACAUUGGUAACAAUUUAUUUUUUCAUUACCUUUGUAAAUCGUCCAAACCAAACUCGAGGUGACUAUUUGAGUCCAUAGAAAUACCUCUUUAGUUUACAAACAAUAUUUGAUGAACUUCCUCAACAAGACCAUUAUGUGGGAAACCAUUUUUAACAUCAUACUGCUGUAUGUCUUAGUUGAAACUUGUUGCUAAAGAUAACAAAAAUCUGAUUAUAUUCAUUUUUGCCACAUGUGCAAAGGUUUCUUGAUAAUUGAUUCCAUAAACUUGUGUAAUAUCCUUUAGCAACCAGCCUAGCUUUAUAUCUCUCAAUUGAGUCAUCUGAUUUAUUCUUCACAGCAUACAUCCAUUUACAAUCCUCUACCUUCUUGCCCUUUGGUAAUUUCACUAGAUCCUAGGUUUGAUUUUUUCCUUGGGCUCUCAAUUCACCAUCUAGAGCACGUUCCCACUCCGUCGUAGAUAGAGUUUUUGAGGUAUUUUUUGGAAUGGUAGUGCUGUCUAAGGAGACAAGGAAGGACCGAUAGGGUGGAGAGAGUCUUUGGUAGGAUAAAAAAAUUGACUGAUGGGUAUAAAGCUCUCUUUGUGCAUUCUUGCGGGGGCUUUUCUCAAGGCAAUGGGAAGUGCCCUGAUCAUUUGGAAUGUCCUAAUCAUCUGAUGGCAUAGGGAUGGAGUUUUGGAUAUUCUCUAAGGCCGAAUAAGAGGUAUAAAUUUGUGUAGAGACUUAAAGUUCUCCUCUCCUAGUGUAGACUUUGCCAAAUCUUAGAUUUUCGGGAAGUAGAUCUCGAAUAGAAUCAGUUUUUUCAGGGACUGAGUGGGAACAAAAAAUUACCAAAAGAUGAAGGAGCUGAACUAUCUACAUGAUGAUCUAUAUAAUAUAUAAAAUAUAAAGUUUGAGCAUUGGAUGAAGUUUUUAGAAAGUUAGGUUUUGAUUCAUGAAAUGUAAUAUCCAUUAAUGUAAAAAAAUUGAGUAAGAGGAUGGUAACAUUUGUAUCCUGUAUGAUUAUGAGAAUAUCCAAGGAAUAUGCAUUUGAGUGAUCGUGCCUCUAAUUUGCCCUAAGUGUGAUUGUGAUGAUGAACAAAGGAAACACAACCAAAUAUCCAAGCGUCUAAUAUAGUUUUAAUUUGAUUAUUUGAAAAGUGUAUUGCCAAUGAGUUUAAAGGACUCUAGAAGUCAGGUUCAAGUAGGCAAUCGGUUGGUAAGAUAUGUGGUUAUUAAGAUAGCCUCAUCCUAGAAACGUUUUGGCACAGUACUCUGGAAUAAAAUCGAUUGAGUUACUUAUAAAAGAUGUCGAUUUUUCUUCUCAGCUAAGCCAUUUUCUUGUGGAGCAUAUACAUAAGAGGAUUUAUGUAUUAUAUCUUCUGAUUGGAAAUAAGAAUUCAGAUUUGGCCAAAGUAUUCUUUAGCAUUAUCGGAUCUGAAUUUCUUUAUACAGGUGUCAAACUGAUUUUUAAUCAUAGUGGCAUAAAAAUAUUAACUUCUUAUAGAUAUCAAACUUUUGCUUUAGAAGAAACACCCACAUACACCCUAUAUAGUCAUUGAUAAAGGUGACAAGUCACUUAUGUCUUCGAAUAUCAUUAAUGGGACAUGGUCUUCAAAUGUCAUUGUGAAUAAGGAAGAAAGAAGUUCACAAACAUCCUUUCUCCUUGCAGUUGAAAGGAAGCAUGGGUGUGUUUUAAAAAUUCACACAGAUCACAUUUAAGUGUCUCGAAAGACGUUUUGAAACAAAUUAGGUGAAAGAAUUUUUAAAGUGCUAAAAAAGGGAUGGCCUAUUUUUCGGUGGAGUAAUUGUAUUUUUAGGAAGUUCUUUUGAGGCUCUAAGUUUUGAUUUGCUUUCAUCAGAAAUGUUUGGCUAAGUCCUUCUAGGAAAUACAGUUCUCCAUGUUCUCUAGCAACUAUAAUCUUCCAGCAUUGUAUCUUGUCAAGUAUCACACAAAUAUCCUCAUCAAAAAAUACGCAGUAAGGCAAAUUAUUCACAAGUUUUUUUUACAUAUAUGAGAUUGGUAAAUAAUUUUGAGACAUGUGGUACGUCAGUAAGGAUUCCAAAGAGCUCAAGUUUGAGGUAUCCUAUAUCAACAACUAUUAGAGGGGAAGCAUCAACAGUUGUGGAAGAAGGAUCUCUCACAGAGGAGGAAAAAAGAUAUCCUACAUUCAACAUCGCAAGAACACAGCCGGAAUCGUUAGGUCUGGUAUUCUGUCCACAAUAUUCAACUGAAAUUCAUGAAGCUAAGCCAUGACUCGCUUGUUUAGACAUUGGUGGGGUCCAUUCAAGGCACAUAAUGGGCUUAGCCAAUUAGCCAAGUUCUAGCCAAGUAAACCUGGCUAGCGCAGAUAAGAAAGUGCAGAUAUAAUGUUGAGGUUCACAUAUUAUGAAUAGGGAAGGCCGGGCCUCAAUGUGUGGUUCCCUGAAGGGUUUACUUGGGUCCCUAGAGUCAUGAUUUACUUGAUUAAUGUAAUUGAUAGAACAUUUAGUCAUCAUAUUUUAAUGCUGAUGAUUCGAGUUUAGUCCGUGUAAUUCAAUAGAAAAUUGCUAUUUUGAUUACAAUAGUUAGACUUCUAAUGGAGAGUUUGUUUGGGAGCAAAGGUCCUGGUUUCAACCCCAAUCAGAAUUGGCGGUGUGCUUUAACCCAGCCCUAGUCUUCUUGUAACCAUUCAAUUUUCCACUUGCCCUAUGUGAGUUCUUGCUUUGCUCAGUUUUUGUAAUUUAGGCCCUGUACAUAUUCACCAAUCCUUUUUCUUGUUCUUAUUUUGAAGUAUCAGCGAUUUGCAAAUGAUUUGGGAGUAGAAAGUUGUGUGGGAUGGAAAAUGCAGUAUAUGCUGAUUUCUGGUUAGAUUUUCUCUAGUGCAAAACUGCUGUUGAUGUGUGCUUCCCAGCAAACCUGAGUUUGUCCCACCAUUACGUGCCUACAUCUGUUUGGCCUUUCCAUUGGCUGCCAAUGGGGUUCAAUGAUGGUUUUUUAGGCUGCCUGUAAAAUUGAGAUUCUCUUAGGUACACAUAUUGAAAAGUUAAAAAAUUUUGUCUCUCUUAUUGCAGUUGUUUCACAACCGAAAUUCUCGAAGGUUUUGAUGUACAAAGGACCUCCGGCAUCACAGACACUAUAAAAAAAUAUGGUUAUCUUACACAGUCAAUAAAUCAUUGUUACAAGGAGCAAUUUUCCAUUAUUCAAAAUGAUAGUGUGAAGCUGUGCCCCACCUUCAAAGCAUUCGUUAAGAAGUGCCAAGAUCUUGAGAAACUGUGUGUCACGGAUGUCUUUGCCCUCCAGCUCAUGCAGGUCAGCAGAUUAGUGUAAAUCACCAGAAAUCUACUCUAUUUUUUCUCAAUUCCCAUUUUUCCUAAACCCUGGUGCAGAGCUUCAUUUCAAUGAAUGAAUACUUGUCUCCUUGGGUUUCUGGAGUUUUAUUACUUGGUGAAAAUCAUUUCUGUGAAUGUAUUGAGAAAAGAUUGAAACUGUUAGCAUAUAAUAUCUCCAUUGGUCUCAUGCAUGAGACUUUGUGUGAAUUUGGCUGAUUCUACAGGUCCCACAAGUUACAGAGGAGAUUGCUCUGGCUGUUGUAAAAAUGUAUCCGACGCUUUACUCUCUGGCUCAUGCUUAUUCUGCUCUUGUAAGUAACCUGCCUUGAUGGUGUUGAUGACCUUCUGGUUUAUGGUUAAAUACUUCAAGACACUUAAUUUCCCAUCUGUUUUUCCCAUGAUUCCAAUUAAUUAUUUGAAUUGUAGGCUAAGUGAGAUGUAAAAUUUAUUGAAUUCUGACUACGCCAAUUAGUUUGAAUUAGUCUCAUUAGGAUUAUGAGAGCCUUUUGGAUGGCGCCUGUUGAAACUCAAAUGUUUCUGGUUUUGAAGGGGUGUAAUGUUCGAGCCCAAGAGGAGAUGCUGAAGACCAAGGGAAAUCUGAUCAGCACAGCUGCCAGCAGAAACAUAUUUAAAUUCGUUUGGGGUGGUUGA